UGCUCGCGAGAUUAUAAUAAGUUGGCGCAAAGAAAAAAGAAACUAGCCCCAAAUCCCCAGCCCACACCUCGCCGGCGGAGGCGGAAAGAAGGCAAACGAGGAACCCUAGCCGCCUGAGGAAGGAGCGCCCAGAUCUAUCCGCAAGACCGGCGAGGAUCCAUGGCAGCGGUUCGAUGCCUGGCGAGGAGGCUCGGUAAAACGCUGGCGGCGGCCGCGGAGGAGCGACGCGGCCAACUCGUGCCAAGAAGGUUCUUCAGCGAGGAUGCUCAUGAGAUGAAGCAGAAGAUGAGGAAUCAAAAGGUGGAGGAGCUGUAUGAUGCCUUAUACAAGCGGGGGAAGAUUCCCACCACUAGUCCCUCUGUACAAGCCAGUCAAGAACCCGACCCUCUGCGUACAAGGCGUUACGCAAUGAGGAUUCGGGGUGUGUUUGAGUUAGCUGCCAAGAUGACGUUAGGCUUUAUGCUGGUUGCUUAUGCGGUUAGUCCAAAACUGCCCAGAGAAGAGGACACCACCAAUAAUUGCCCACAAUGCGGCUUGAGGACAUCAACAACCAGAGAAGGCACCACCAAUAAUUGAGAACCAAAGAUGAUGCUAUCUUUAAUUUGUGAUAUUGUGUGACAUGGUAUCAUGUAAUUAUAUCUCUUGUCUAUUAACUAAUUGAGUAGAAUAUACAGUACUCGAACAAAUUGUGCAAGGAAUCUGGUCUCUGCUACAUUGUAUCAUGUAAUUAUAUCUCUUAUCUACUACUCCCUCCGUUCGGA